AAUUCAAAAUUUAGUUGGCUAAAACUAAGUGGCGCAGCUGGAACUUUUUCGCAACAAUUAGUGGCCUGCAAGGGCUGCGAAUUUGUUGAGCGAAAACCAAAUUAAACAUAGAACAACACAAUUUUAAUUGUCAAAGAAGUGAAGGAUUAAAUUCCAAACCAAAUAUAAUGAAGCCCAAGAAAGGCGCAUUUGUCAACUCCUCGUCGGGUUACGGCAAAUCGAGGAACAGCUAUCGCAAUAAUGCGGGAAAGCAGGAGGAGACCGACGCCAAGUUGGAAGAGAAGUUGAAGGCAGAUAAGGCCAAAGAGUUGCACGCGGAGCACGAUUUGAACUCCGGUUUUGGUGAUUACUUGCGUUCACCGGAAGCUGUGGAGAUAAUGAAGCUAUUUGUUUUUGCCAAUACCAUCAUGCUAAUUGUUACAAUGGCUUGGCCGAAUUUGAAAGAGCACUACUACAUGUUGAGGGAAUGGUUGGAGACUUGGCAAGUGGCGCAGUAAUUUG